AUGGCGGGAGGGGUCGCUUUCGUUUCGAUCGGGGUGCGAGUGGGGAGCCUGAGAGGGCCUCUGGGAGGCUCAGAGGGAGGCCGUGGCCCUGGUCUCGACCAUCUAGUAGAGGCUUCGAUGCUGAUCAGCAUGAUCGUUCUGCUUGCGGGGUGGAAGCAGAAGAAGUGGGAACGGCCACUAGGGUCCGUCUAG